AUGUGGCGAGGAUUAAUUAGAAGAUUAUCAACGAAUUCUGAACAGAUCGCCAAAGUUGAUGUCAGCUAGUAAGUUUAAGUUUUUGUGAACAAAAUGUUGUAGAAAAAACGAUAAUUUUCAUUUAAAAAAAUAAACAGGCGUGAAACGUGAUUGAGAAAUUUCGGAUUUCAUUUCCGAAAAUUUUAUUUUUUCGAAUUGUUAAAUGAUGGCGUAAUUUUCAAUGAAAGUUCUCUUGAAUUUGAAAGUUGCCCCAUGAAAUAAAUUGUCAUGUUAUAUUUUGGGCAAGUGCUAUCAAACAAUAUUUUUGUUCAGAGUUAUUAUUUCAUAAUAUUUUAGUCUUCGACCUCGUCAUCGAAUUUUGGCAGCUGGUGGAGUUCCUCCAGUUGAAUUUGAUUAUGAAAGAGAACGUGCUGCAAGAAGAGAAAGAUUCGGAAAAUUUGGAUUAGCCAGUGGUGUUUCUGUUGAAGAAUUAUAUCCAACUGUUGAAGAAAUCGAAGAAGAAUAUGCAAUUGGUUUAUUUAAAGAGCUCAAUGAAGUGAAGCAAGAAUAUUUAGAAUUGAAGAAAAAACAAGACGAAGCACACAAAAAUCGGUAAGUAAUUUUAAAAAUAAAAUCUUAUAAUUUUUACAAAAUUCAGAUUAGCGGAACUUGAAAAGAAUCUCAAAAAAUAUCCAGCAGCUUUGGAAAAAUAUGAAGCGAGUUUAGUUAAACAAGAAAAAUUGAAGGAUGAGAAAGAAAUUGCAUUGGAGAAAAGAAUUCGAGAAAUUCAAGAAUAUUUCGGAUAUUGGAUGGAUCCAAAAGAUCCUCGAUUUGAAGUUAUGCUAGAACAAAAAGAGGCUGAAGAGAAAAAGGUUCGUUUUUUUUGUGUUAAAGCUUGGAUGAACCAAAUUUUGCUUUUAGGCUGUCAAACUUGCAAAACGUGAAGAAGUUCAAAAGAAAAGAUAUGCUGAAGUUGUUCAAUAA